UCACCAAAUGCUCCCUCUAAUAUCUAAUUCCAUCUUCUGAAAACAACAUCCAUUCAAUUAAAAUUUUGAAAAGAAAAACCAAGGAACAGCAAAAGAGAGGAUAGCAAUGGCCUCUACCUCCGCAGUUUCCAUGGCUAUGCCAAUUACUCCUGUAAGCCAUAAGAAGGUGCCAGGCUCUGAUGCCUUCUUCAAGCCAUUGCCAGUGAGGCCUUCCAAGGCAAUGGUGGCAUCAAAAGCUUCCGAAAGUUUGAAAGUUAGUGCUUCUUUCAAGGAGAAAGCAAUCACAGGAUUGACCGCUGCGGCACUGACUGCCUCUAUGGUUGUACCAGAUGUAGCUGAAGCUGCCUCAGGUGUUUCCCCGUCGCUCAAGAACUUCCUGCUUAGCAUUUCUGCUGGUGGAGUUGUUCUGGUUGGUAUCAUAGGUGUUGUGAUUGGUGUUUCCAAUUUCGAUCCUGUCAAGCGGGGCUGAGCUGCAUCUCCGACCUACGUAUUCUUUUCUUUUCUUGUACCUCUUCAUGUUGAACUCAUAACUUUAUGUUAUAUAUAUGUGUAACUAAGACAUUUGUUUAUCAUAAUUCGGCUGAAACAUGUAUUUUA